UGGCGCUGUGUACAGUGGAGACAAGUUAGCAGCCAAAGUUUGCAGAGCAGGCAGGAAAGUUCUCCGGAGAGGGGAGCGUGAUCCCAGCAACUUCUGUCAUAUUACCUCCGGAUCUCCAGUGCAAACAUGCGGACUUCAGACGUCAGUUAACCGGGACUUUGUGCUGUUUCGUUGAUGUUUGGAUGAAUUUCUCCCUGCCUCUGAAAGGUAGCAGUUAACGCUUCGCUGUGUUCGCUGCACGCUGCCGUUUCAAUGGACUAUCUUAUCAUUCAGUGAGUAACUACAAUUGGUUGUGUGAUUUCCUGACCUGCAGAUAAAUGUAGACCACAAGCAUGACCUAACUUAUGCCAUGUAGUCUAGCCUUGGGUGUGUAAAAACAAUGAACUCCUCCCGUGACAAGGAGCUGGCACCCUUAUCUCGGAAACACCGACUCAUGGCUGCAGCUAUGCCCGGUGAGGACAGCCCUCUGCCCGGUAACACUUCCAGGACUGAUCGGAACGGACUGGGGGGACUGGUUCACUGUUUCAUAUGUGGAAGUGGAGUCACACCAGGAAAGGAGUUAAGGUUGCAAGUGACAUAUCAAAAAGAGAGGCUCCCGUUCUUCCCGUUUCUACAGAAUCAGGAGCCAGCACCGGGCGCGUGCGAAGUGAGCCCGGAUGGACACACGCUGGUGUGCGCCGUGUGCCACUGCUUCCUGACGGAGCAGUGGAACUCCUUUGAGCGGAGCAGGACGCCCAUUGAGAAGCGCAUGUACUGGUUGAAACGACCUUAUCAGUGCGACUCUCGGCGGGUCCCACAGGAGUGGAAUAUCUCCUAUGAUCUGGAGAGGAGGAUCAGCGUGAGCAGCCAGAACUACGACGGAGGCGCAGAGUCUGAUUUCUCAUCUUUUUCAGAAAACGAGUCAGACCAGGAGAUGGAUUUAAUCGACAGAGCCGGUGUGGGCAGAGACAAGUUUCUGAAAUCAUCAAACAAAUCGCCAAGAGACAGUAGUGUCAGGAAAAACAAUGUCAUCAGUGUUAAAAACAGCCCGGAUACGCAGCGGGCAAUCCGCUACCCGGUGGGUGUUUAUGUGCCGCAGGGAUCACCAAAAGCGGAGAGUAUCCUGCCUGCCAGGCGCGGGGCUAAAAUUAUGAAUAAUGUGUGUCAAUCAUCAGAAUCCCUGGCAAAGUCUCAGGAGAGAUUCCCUCCGCGGUGCUAUGACAGCCCUCUGUCUGACACACCUGUGCAAGACAACGGGGUCAUUAUGCGCAACAGGCGCUGGCUGGAGGAGGGGAAUGUCAGACAUGCGGAGCAGCGUCACAUUCAGCGUGCUGCCGACAGCAGCUGUGCCUCAUCCAGACAUCCAUCCCUGCUGCACCGAGGGAGAGCCGACCCCAACACUGCACUGUCAUCUUCUGGCAAUAAACGCAACAUAGCAGCUCCCAGAGAGGCUCACUGUGACAACUCUGAUGAGGACGAGAUUAACAUUACUAGUGAUGAUGACACGUGUGACAGCAAAGCAGCUCCAACAGCUCAACUUAGACCUGCAAGAGACCUUUCAGCAAGAAAGAGCACCCACAUAGUGCACACCAGCCCAGAGGAGUGUGUGUGCUUCAUCUGCGGCUCUGAGCUCAGACAUGAUGGCAGGUUUAAAGUCAGUGUUCAGAAACAGGAGAGGGCACAGGGUGAGCCUUUCUUUCCCUUCCUGUGGCUUCACUCCCCUCCCCCUGGGGCGAUGCCCAUCAGUCCUGCAGGUACCACCCUGGUGUGUGGCAGCUGCCAUGCCUCCCUCAUGCAGCAGUGGCAGAGCUUCCAACUGGCGGAUGUGCCCGUCCUUCAGCGUCUGUAUGUCGUCCCUCUUAACCAGGGUGCUGCUCCUCUCCAUCCUUCCCAAGAGGGGAAACCCCCACAGCCAAUGGAGGGCAUCCCUGACCCCAAGGCCUCCCGUGAUGCUUGCUACCUCUGUGGUCAGGAGUGUGCAGGAGAUAUGAGGAUAGCCUAUGCACAGGCUGGUGUUGGAAAAUCCCGUGGUGCGAUGUAUUUUCCCUUCAUCAACAUGCUGCCGUGCCCCCCUAACGCCAAAGCAGUGAGGAACGGCUGUGUGCACUGCUGCCCACAGUGCCAUCGUAUCCUGGAGGAGAUCUGGAGCGCAUACCGACUCAGCCUAAGUGAGGACCUCAUCACCUCUGUCAGCUCCUUCCUGGUCAGGUACCAUGCUGCAAUGGUAGCUGAGGGGCCUGGAUCUUCAAAUUCCCAGGCUGGUGUUCCCUCUCGCACUAACAGCUCUGUGUCGGUGUGUUACCUGUGUGGAGCUGAGCUGUGUGCAGGUGGAGAGUACCAGCUGCAUGUGAACCCACCUGGUCGCUGUGGGGAGAGGGAGCCUUUCUUCCCCUUCCUCACAGUGCAUCCCCCUGCUCCUGGUGCAAAGCCCGUUGAUGCCACAGGCCUAGUGUCAGCAUGUAACCUCUGCUACCAUGACCUACACACCCAGUGGGCCCAAUAUGAAAGCAAAGGCUUAGGUCGCUCCACUCCUUCAACCCCUAGUGUAUCCGGUCCAAACCCCCCUCAGCCUCCCAGCUCUCCCUGGGCCCGACAGUACAGCUGCGAGGCUUUUGUGUGCUUCUUCUGCAGGCAGGAGCAGCGCAGGUUAGGCAGGCUGAGUGCUGUUACUGUGGCCAGGCUGCCCGUGUUCCUGUAUGCACCUCGGAGUGCACGCACGCUCCUGGUGGAUGAUGGGAGAAGACUGGUGAUAGGAUCAUGUGUGGAAUGUAAAGCUUUGGUGCAGGUGGGACAGAGCAUGCAGCAGGACAGAGACCGGCUGGGGCAAGGAGCAUCAGACAGGGAGCGGAAAGAAUCAGAGCCUCUUUCGCCCAAAUCUAGACACAAGGCGUGCACAGUGAUUGAGAGUGCAGCCAGUACAGAGGUGGACUCUGGGCCUUCACAGCCUCCUGUAGCCGACCACACGCCGUCUCAACCAGUGACCUCAGAGUCAGACAAAGCUGACCACCCAUCUUCCAGCAUGAGCCAUGAGCCAAAGUCACCAUCGUUAGGAAUGAUCUCUACGGCGACCCGUACCACGGCGACGGUCAGCCCCCUCACCCCGUCGCCUCUCAACGGCUCCAUCGUAGCCAAUGGAAGCCCGGCCACCCAGUCUGCUCACUCUGGAUUCGCUGCAGCCCUCCGUAAACUGGCGAAACAGGCCGAAGAACCCCGAGCUGCAUCUUCCAUCAGCAGUGAGUCUUCUCCAGUAUCCUCACCGGCCACCAACCACAGCUCUCCAGUCAGUACACCCAAGAGAGGUCCCCUUGGUCCAGGGCCUGUCCUGGUUCCCCCGACGGGCCACAGCGUGCCAAACACUCCACCUGUAGUCACCAUUGCUCCUACAAAGACAAGCAACGGCCUCUGGAGGACAGAGGGACGCCAGGCUGACUCGGGGCCUCGCGGGGCCAGCAGGGAGCGUCUGGGUGGAGAAGGGGCCCUCCCGCAGGAGAAGGGCGGCCCCUCAGUCCCAGCCCACCUCCUGGGAAACCCCUAUGCCUUUGGUCUAUCGCCUGGUGCUGUCAUGCAGGAUUCACGUUUUCAGCCACUAAAUCUGCCCAGACAGUUGCCGAAUGCAGUGCCCCCAGGUCCCGUACCGGAAGAGUACCUCCGUGGUUUCCGGCCCUACGCCACGACUGAGGAUGCCCUCCGCAUGCCCUCUUUGCCCUUGGGCCUGGACCCUGCCACUGCAGCGGCUGCAGCUGCCUACUACCACCCCAGCUACCUGCCCCACCCUUCCUUCACGCCGUACAGGAUGGAUGACCCGUUCUGCCUCUCUGCUUUGAGGUCACCUUUCUAUUCGCUGCCAGCAGGGGGAGCUUUACCCCCCAUCCAUCCCUCUGCUGUUCACAUGCACCUACCAGGGGUGCGCUACCCUGGUGAUUUUACACACCCUUCACUGUCAGCACUGCAGUCUGAGAGGCUUCAGCUGGAGGAUGAGCUGCGGCAGAGAGAGAGGGAGCGCGAACGGGAGCGUGAAAAGGAGAGAGAGCGUGAGGCGGAGAGAGAGAAGGAGCGGGAGAGAGAACGAGAGCGGGAGAGAGAGCGAGAGAAGGAGCUGGAACGGGAAAGAGAGCGAGAGAGAGAGCGUGAGAGAGAACGGGAGAAGGAGAGGGAGAGAGAGAAGGAGCUGGAGAGACAGAAGGAGAGAGCACUGAGGGAGAAGGAGCUGCAGGCAUCCAAGGCCAUGGAGAGCCACUAUCUGGCUGAGCUCCAUGCCAUGAGGGGGCAAGAAGACCGAACCAAGCCUGAGAGACUCACCCCAAAUCGGGCCGAUAAAGCCAAAGAGCCCAUCCCUCCACCUCCUAAACCGGUCCCUCCUGGGCUUCACUCUGCAAUGGUCCAGCCACAUCAUCCUGUCCCUGGUCUGAUCUCAGGCCACGGCCUCUACAUGGGGCCCAGCACUGUAGGGGCGGGUCUUCCGGCAUCAUUACUCGCUCAGAGGACCAACGAGGAAGAGAGGUGGUUAGCACGGCAACGCAAGCUUAGGCAGGAGAAAGAGGACCGUCAGUACCAGGUGUCUGAAUUCCGCCAGCAGGUUCUGGAGCAGCACCUGGACCUGGGCCGUCCAGGUGACACAGCAGAUCACAGAACAGACUCACACAGAUCAAUACCAAAUCACCAUGACCCCGGAAGCCGGGACAUGCACCCUCACCUAGGCGCCCCUCCACCCCUUAUCUCCCCGAAACCUCCACAGCCCCUACGAGACCAUCACCCUCCACCUCCCACCACUCUGUGGAACCCUGCAUCUCUCAUAGAAACAUCCUCAGAGUCCAGACGGAACCACGAGCCCUCAGGGAUGGGACACUAUGAGCUCAGUCGACUGCCCCUGGGGCCCUCCAAGUAUGAAGACGGAACACGGCGGAAAGAAGGGGGAGCCAUGGAGAAGUAUCCCCCUUUGAGGGGUCCUCAAGGCCUGCCGGAGCCCAGCACAUUCCUUGCUGAUCUGGAGAAAUCCACUCAGAGCUUCUUCAGCCAGCAGAGGUCGUCGCUGUCCCUGACGAGUCAGUACGAUUUGGAGGGAGCUGUGAAAAGAGGAGAUACUGGACCAAAGAGCCUGCAGGGACACCCAGGACACAGUAGACAUGGUCAAGGACUAGGACUGGUGGCUGGGUCAGGUAUGGGACAAGUGUCCAUGCUGGGGAUGGGCCCAGAUACGACACUGAUUUAUGACGAGUUCCUGCAGCAGCACAGACGGCCAAUCAGCAAGCUGGACCUGGAGGAGAAGAGGAGGAGGGAGGCCAGGGAGAAAGGUUACUACUAUGAGCUGGAUGACUCAUAUGAUGAGAGUGAUGAGGAGGAGGUGAGAGCGCAUCUCAGGAGAGUAGCAGAGCAGCCGCCACUCAAAUUGGAUGACUCCACAGAGAAACUGGACUUCCUGGGAGUGUUUGGCCUCACCACUGUGGCACGGCGGGACGAGCUUGUACAUCAAAAGAGAAGGAAGAGGAGGAGGAUGCUCAGGGAACGAAGCCCCUCACCGCCUGCCUCACAGUCCAAACGCACGCCUCCUCCUCCACCUCCCCACCUCAGCACGCGUUUCACCCCGGAGGAGAUGGACCGAGCUCCAGAGCUGGAGGAUAAGAAGCGGUUCCUUACAAUGUUCAGACUAUCCCACGUCACUGUGCAGCAGAGGAGAGAUAAUGAAAGGGUGGUGGAGCUGCUCCAGGCCAUUAAAGAAAAGAGCGUAACCUUGGAUACUAUCAGGCAUGCCCCUCAUCCGCUGUGUAAGAGCCCUCCAGCCCCGCUCUCUGAUUCUGCAUUAGCCCCGCCUUCUUCUGAAUCAGAGGACCACCACAGUGUCAGACCACAUAGCCCCCCCUCACAGUGCCCGGCGUCCCCCAAUGGCCACCCAAAACCCCUUGGGGAAACAUUAAGACCAAAGGAACCCCCCUCUCCAGCUGUCUACCCAGACAAGGCCCGGGGGCCCAGUGAGGGGCCAAUCUCUAAGAGAAGCUCCAGCCUGCUGAACAGCUUAAGGCCCCCGCUCCCCCUGCAGGCAAAAGAGGGGCUUCACAGCGUCAAUGGACGUACCAAACCCUGGGACAGCUUCACCCCAGAGGAAUUUGCUCAACAGUUCCAUGAAUCUGUGCUUCAGUCCACCCAGAAGGCUUUGCAGAAACACAAAGGAGGAGCGUCAGGGAUGUCAGAGUCAUCUCACCUCCAGGAGUCGUCUGUUCACUACAACCUCCCUGAGCUUCAGAGUGCUCCCGGCAGACCGCAGCAGCCUCAUUCACAGCCUCACACAAACACGCAUUCAUUUCCUCAUUCGCUGUCACACUCUCACUCUCAGCCCAACGGGCAGCACUUCUCCGUUCAAUACCACCGGGAGGCCUCGGGGACGAGGGAGGACCUGUCGGGUCCAGAUGACUCUGAGGAGGAGGAUGAUGAAGAGGAGGAGGAGGCUCCUGCUUCAAAGUGGCAGGGGAUUGAAUCGAUUUUUGAAGCAUAUCAGGAAUACGUUGAAGAGCAAAGUUUGGAGCGUCACGUGUUGCAGAGUCAGUGUCGAAGACUAGAAGCUCAGAACUACAACCUCAGUCUGACUGCUGAGCAGCUGUCUCACAGCAUGGGGGAGCUGAUGUCCCAGAGACAGAAGCUAGCAGUGGAAAGGGAGAAGCUACAAGCAGAGCUGGAGCACUUCAGGAAGUGUUUGACGCUGCCACAGACACACUGGCCGAGAGGUGGCCAUUACAAGGGCUACCCUCCCAGGUGACCCCAACACGUCCACCUGACAGCCCCGCCCAGCUCCCCUUUCUGACUGACACCCAGAGUUUAUUUUUCACAGCCCUGUCCACAUGGCUCCAUGGAGGAGAGCAUGGCUGUCUGUAGAAGAUGAGUGAGUGAUUUAAUGAAUGAAUGGAGUGAAUGGAUUGAUGGAUGAUGCAGGACCAUACAGUGAAGGAGGGGCAGUAUGUGGCCAGCCAGGGACUGUGCCACGAUUCAAAAACGUGUGCCAAUGUAGCCAACCCCGUGAUCAGCGAGAGUGUAGGAGCAGGUGCACCUGCAGAUCAACCCAAACACAAAGAAACACACAUGCACCUGCUUUUCACAGCAUCUUCAGUCCCUGCUUCCCUCACAGCCACAGCUUCACAGACAAUCCUGCCAAUGAGGGAGCAGCUGCCCCACCAGUCAACAAGAGACUUGAAUGCUCCGAAGGCUUCUGGCCAGUGGAGGCUGAUUUAAUCACAGUGGACACGUGAGCUUUUGGAACUGGAAAUGCACUUAUGAAUAAAAGCUGAAGAACUACCUGGUGGUACUGUGUUACAACAAAGAACUGUUCUAAUUAGGGAAGAUCUUAGAAAAUGCACAUUUUUGGAAAGAAUUAAGGAAAUGUUUUAUUUCGAAAUAGAAAAUUUGAGAAUAAGAAUUUUAAAAGGUGCUUCAGCCUUGUAUUGUACAUAAUAUGAAGACUUAAAGAAUUUUGUAUGUUUUUAUUACUUUAAUCAUUGUUCUUUUAAAAGAAAAAAGCCUGCCAUUUUUAUAUGUUUUUGCUUUUUUGGGGGGUUGGAAAAGAAAGCCUUGCUUUUAGUGUUUGUACUGCUGCUGGCCAGAACAGCUCAUUUUGAGACAUAUAUCUGAGUAAGAGAAAAACAGGAAACUCACCCCGCCUUUUACGGUCUCCCAACCCCAUCCACAGCCACCUCACACUGCAUCUGAGAUCACAAAGAUCACCCAGAAGUUCUGAGACACAGAUCCAGAUCUCCCUCCAUCACAGCAACACGUGUGUCUGUUUGAAUGUCCAUUUCAGAAACUCCUCUGCUCAGACUCACUGCUCCUGGCAUGAAAUGUUUGCUUAUUAUCACACAGAAACCAGAUGAAAUCCACAGUGACUUUUUUUUGUAUUGUGUUUAUUUACUUUGACAUACUUGAUUAUUUUGUAAAGACAUGAAGAGUCUCUUAAGCAGCCAGCUGAUGAAUCUGGUUCUUGAUGCUUUAUCCUCCAUUGGACCUGUCACUUUGGGUUUUUUUUAAUAUAACAGUGGACUAUAACAAUAUGACGGUUUGCAUAAUGUUACGCCUUACAAGAUCAAGCCCUUUUUAGCAGCCAUGAGAGAAGACGGUGCCAAAAUAGAACUCAUUUGGAUUCUUAAAUUAAGAUUAUGUUGCAAUUAGACAGCCAAACAUUCACAUCAGAAUGGCCAUCUUCCUCUGCUGGAAACCCACAUCUCUAUGCAUGGACCCAUUUUUAAGAACAUCAGCAAACAAAGUUGCCAACAAAUUACUAAUCACUCAAACUGAGCACUUCAUAGAAAAUGUACAACAGAAAAGUUUGAUUUACCAGGCCUCAUACCCUUUUAGUCUCAUUUCCUCUUUAGUUCUGCUCUGAGAUUCAGACCAGGUUUUACACUGGCUCUCCCCUGUAGCUCAUGUUACCUCAGUCCAAUGGCUGUAUUUGCAUUUGGAGAUUCCCACUAAAGCUGUCAAAAAGCAGCUUAAUUUAAAGAGUUCUACCCCGACUGCACAAUAGUUGGUGUUGUGGAAAAAGUAUUUGAAAGUGAAAUUAAGGUAAUUUGAAAAUCAUUGGGUUGAUUUAUACAAACAUUAAAGCACAAAUACCCCCUCAUACAGUUUAAUGAUUACAAGUGCCUCAGAGAUUUGGGAGCAUGUGAAUGAGUGUCAGUCUACAUGUUGGAGUGUUUUACACUUAGCAUCAGUGAUCAGGGACUUCACAUUUUAAGUGUCUACUGUAUGUCUCACACCUUUAAAAUGUGUGCAUGUCAAGAACCCACACAGAGCUCCUUUAUCCAGAGCAUCUCCUCAAUUAAUCAGUUCCCCAGGCCUAAGCCAGUCCAAAUGAUCAGGUAGAUCCAGAGCGUAGUCUGUUGUUUUUUUCAGAGCAGAUUCUGUCAGUUAAUGAGGGGGGGGGUCCUCAUGAUGAGGUAAGCUGCCAACAGCCCCCUAACUCAGCCUCCCCAUGUCUCUCUCCAGCCCACACACACCCAUGCAAUAGCCCCAUUACUCAGUGGAGGAUGUCUAGAUGCUGUGAAAUCCUGUUUUUAAAAUGUACUUGUUUGAAUUCAUUGUAAUGUAAUAUAUUCUUUGUUGAAUGUAGUAAUUAGGUAUUUAUGAAUAUAUGGCUGUGAUUUCAGACAAAAAAGAAAAUAAAAUAUUUCAAAAAUG